UCUUUGGUUAGCAUCACUCCUAGGUAUCUUACUGUUUUUGGUUUUAAAUGUAUUAUUUAUAUCAAUAUAUACAAACUAUACUUUCACAACUAAAAUUGGUAUCAGACUUACUGAUGUCAUUCUUUGGAUAGAGAUCCCUUCAUUAAUAGCUAAAAAAAAAGAAGACUGCAUUUCAAUUAGUGAAGGAUGGUGUACCGACAUUUGCAAAGGAUUGAAAUGGAGAUGAACAGACCCAGAUGGACACGGUGUACACCUGGUCUUAUGGGGUCAAGAAAGCACCACCUGUAAUUCCAGCGUUCUAGAGUCUUGGUCUUUAAGGAUUUACACUGCCCUGGGAUCUCUGUGACAAUAAAAUUUCUUGGUUAAUGAGGAGCUUUGGAAAUUAAACCUCCAGGGACACAGAGACUGCAAUCUGCCUGUGCCCAUCUUGUUCAACAAUUCCUCCCAUGAAAAGUAGUAGCAUAGCUGAGUCUCCUCCCAUAGAUGAUCUGUCUUGUUAGGAGCUUGGGUCUCACUCAAUCCCUCUGCCCUUCCUGGGGGCAGAUCUUCCAUAUGGUACAUCAGAGAUGGCAGUCAUCCUUCCACUAUGAUGCCAACCAGGUAACCUAACACCCCUUACUCAAUGUUUGGAAAUGAGGGCAGGUGUCUGACUACAGGUUCAUCCAGGGGAAGCUGUGAAGAGAGCACACACACCACAUGAUUGAAACCAACUCACCCAGGGUCCUCCCAUUUGUCCGUUGUCUUCUUCACGUGUUUCCUCAUGCUUUUUAUUAAUGCUCCAUUUACUAAUAUCAUAUUCACUCUCGAGUGUGGCCAGGACCAUUUCUUCCUGAAUAGAAAUCUGUCUUUCAAAAAACAUGAUGACUGCUAUAAAAUUUUCUGACAUUUACUUGCAGUUUAGAAGUGGUAAGAGGGCAGGAAGUUUGGAAAAGUUCACCUUGACAUAUGUAUGUAUUAUCUCAGUUGCCUGCCUAUGACAUCUCUGGGGAUCCAGACAGACUCUUAAGCUGCCUCACCAGUUUGUUUCUUUUUAUAAAAUCACCAAAUGUUUUAAUAAACAGAACAUCAUAAACAAUGUAGUUGUAAAAAAUGACUACCUAGUCACCCUUUCCAGACUUAACAAUUGUUGAUGCUCUACUAUACCAGCUUCAGUCUUUUUCAUUUUUAAAGAAACAGAAUAAUACACAUACAGAAGGCACCCGUAUCUUAUUCCUCUCUAUUAGUCUCCAUCCCAUCCCAAGAUGGUUUUUGCCUCCAGUGAUGCUCCUCCUGCCAAUCUCGGAAACACACAUUUGAUUAAAUCUAUCUUUUCCAUCAGAUUAAUCACCAGUAUGGAACCUAGAAAUGACACACAUGUUUCAGAUUUCCUUCUCAUGAAAGUGACAGAGGAUCCAGAACUGCAGUCCCUCCUAUUCAGCCUGUUCCUGUCCAUGUACCUGGUCACCAUCCUGGGAAACCUGCUCAUCAUCCUGGCUGUCACCUCGGACUCCCACCUCCACACGCCCAUGUACUUCUUCCUCUCCAACCUGUCCUUUACUGACAUCUGCUUAAGCACAACCACGAUCCCAAAGAUGCUGGUGAACAUCCAGGCCCAGAGUCAGAGCAUCACUUAUGCAGGCUGCCUCACCCAGAUCUACUUUGUUCUAGUUUUUGCUAGUUUAGAAAGUAGUCUCCUUGCAGUAAUGGCCUAUGACCGCUAUGUGGCCGUUUGUCAUCCACUAAGGUACACAGUCAUCAUGAAGCCCUGCCUCUGUAGCCUGCUGAUUCUACUCCCCCUGUUCAUUAUCAUCGUGGAUGCCCUGGUGCACAGUCUGAUGGUGUUGCAGCUGACCUUCUGCACAGACGUCGAAAUCCCUCUCUUCUUCUGUGAAGUUGUUCAGGUCAUCAAGCUCGCCUGUUCUGACACCCUCAUCAAUAACAUCCUGAUAUAUUUUGCAACUAGCGUAUUUGGUGGUAUUCCUUUAUGUGGAAUCAUUUUCUCUUACACUCAGAUAGUGUCCUCUGUUUUGAGGAUGCCAUCCGUGGGCAGAAAGUAUAAAGCGUUUUCUACGUGUGGGUCUCACCUGUCAGUUGUGUCUUUGUUCUAUGGGACAGGUUUGGGAGUGUACAUUAGUUCUGCUUUUACUAACUCUUCCAGAAACACUGCAGUGCUUUCAAUGAUGUACACUGUUGUCCCUCAAAUGAUGAACCCUUUUAUCUACAGCCUGAGGAACAGGGACAUGAAGGGAGCCUUGAGGAAACUGAUAAGUAGAACUUCUCUUCUGUGACUGUGUUAUCUGUGUGGACUGGGGUUUCUAGAAUGAAUCAAAGUGACAGAAAUAUUGGGUGAUUCCAAAUGUCUGAUUCUUGCAUCACCAACUUCUUCUAAAUUGACUAGGUAACAUCAUGGGCAACUUGAUUGUAAUUUUGGGUUGAAAUUUGAUUUGUUCUUUGUAUAGCUCUGUUGUAUUUCAAAAAUAAGUUUUCAUUCCUAAGCUUGGUGUUUUUGGUAGGUUCCUCACAAGCUGUCCCAAGGCAAGGGUUAUACUGAAAUGUUAAAAGAGAAGUGGGAGAAGUUGGAUAGGUCAGGAAAAGGAUCAAGCAAGCUUGUGUUUUAUAGCAGAGAUUUGAUUCUGCCUAAUCUCAUGGUUAGGGCCAUGUGGAUUAUACUCCAGAGACAAACCAAUUGUGAGACAUGGGAGGAGCUGUUCUUUCAUACUCCAGUAAUUCCUGAUACCUGUCACUGGUAAACUGUGUCAGUGCAGGGUAGCAUCAACAUUCACUAUACUCAGUUUUAUUGUCUACAAAACUGUUAUUAUGUGAUUAUCUCAGUGGUUCGAGAUUUUGGUUACACCUUUGAUCCUGAUCAAUGAGGAAGCCAUCGUUUCUACUAAGACAAAGUAAUGCUGAUUGUAAAAUGCCAAAAUAAU